AUGAGCGAAAGGAUCAGGACCAGCAUGGUGCUCGAAAAGCUGUGCAUCAUCAGCCACACGCUGGAUUUCGUGGUCAAGCUGCAAGAAGAAAACAAGGCGUUGCGAGCCCUGUGUGAUUGUCAAGCCGACCGCCGUGCUUCGAUCAACAGCGAUAUCGAACUCGACGAGCACUACCGCAGCGCUCACAGCUACGAGUUAGCGGAAGACUUUUCUCCGCGAGACAGUGUCGACGAGAAGCCCUCUUUGACACCACCCACCUCGUUCGAUCUCGAUGCUGGUGCGGGAGACGAGAAGGAGAGGCCGAGCAAGCGACGGCUGCAUUGGGGCAGCGACGACGUUCGCGAAGCUUCGAUCCGCCAUGACGUUUGCCGUCACCGACACUGCGACCUGUCCCACUCCGAGGCUUGCCGUCGUCAAGAACCUCCUUCGUCUCUGUCGUCGAGCGAAGAAGACAUGAUCUGUGACCACGUUGUCAACGAGACCAAGCGCACCGAACUGUCACCCCCGCGAAACCUCGGUCGCCCUCUCCAAGCUUGCAGUUCGGCUGCUUCCGACGCAAGCUCCUGCCACUCGUUUUGCCGAACCCGCCACUCGUGCUGUCGAGACGAAGAGCACGAGCAUUCCGAAGCGUCUUCGGAGGCCUCCGACGAUCUCUCCUCGCCGCCUCCUCCUGCUCUUGCUCCCUCUUGCCGUGGGACAUGGCCAGCAGCAGCACCAGCCGCCCCCACCAACCACGCAGGAUAUCUCGGCCGACAGCGGCUGCCACCCAUCGUCAACCUCGGGCUGCCCAAGCACGACGCCCCCUCGCUUGCUACCCUGCGACAAGACACCUUUGCUUCUCUGUACCGCAGGGACUUGCCACGGGCCUCUGAGAUGAAUGCCGCGAGACCCUUCCGUCCGUUGUCGCUGUAUACCUCGCACGCACAAGCCCCCGCGCUACUGGGCACCAAGCCGUGA